AUGGAGCUGAAGAACAGUGGUACGAGUGAUGGUGAGGUUUCCCGUAGGAUGGAGGAAACAGUGUUGGCUUAUGACAACAUGUGCCACCUGAACUCGCUACGUGCUUCAAGAAAGACAUUACCACUACCGGCACAAUUUGACAAGAUGUGGCAGAGUGUUGGAAAAGUAAUUGAUAGGUUGCACUUGAAAAACCAUAAAGACCCUUUGUGCAAAGUUAAAUACAAUCCAGACAGUACAUUGUCUAAGUCAUGCAACACAAUGGCAGCUCAGCAAGUUAACGUCUGGACAAGCAGGCUCAAGCGAAUUAUGGUUGCCUUACCAUACAUCCAUCAUAUGCUGUUCUUUCAUCGGAUGGUGAAAAGGAGAAAUUCAUACACAGAGCUGUGCUACAAAGUUGGAAAACAGCCUAUUGUACCCAGAGCUGCUAAGAAAUGGUUAAAAAAUGUUUGA